AUGGCGCGCCUCGAGUACGUCGACCUCUGCGACAACCGCCUGCGCGGCGAGCUCCCGCCGUCGCUGUACAACGUGUCGUCGCUGGCGAGCCUCGACGUCGGACAGAACACGCUGCACGGAGGCAUCCCUGCCGAGAUCCACGCGCAGCUCCCUCAGUUGAAGUUUCUGGCGUUGUUCGAAAACCAGUUCAGUGGGGCGAUCCCUUCCUCCAUCUGCAAUCUCACUCAGCUCGGAGAACUCGAGCUGUCGAGCAACGGAUUCAGCGGCUUCGUGCCUCGCGAUCUUGGGAGGCUGCAGUAUCUGUGGAAUCUGCAACUGGACGGUAACAUGCUUGAAGCAGGGAAGAAGAUGGAAGGGUGGGAGUUCAUCGAGUCAUUGGCCAACUGCAGCGAGCUAGAGGUUUUAGAUCUGGGUGACAACAAUUUCACUGGAGAUCUUCCUGUUUCAGUUGCUAACCUCUCGAAAACACUUGAGUACCUUUACCUAGAAGACCUUGGGAUCUCUGGCAGCAUCCCCUCAGAGAUCGGAAAUCUGGUCGGUCUCAAAGUACUUAUUCUGGUGAAUACUGACAUCUCAGGAGUAAUUCCAGAUAGCAUUGGGAAGCUGGUGAACCUGACGGAGCUACACCUGGACAACAAUAAUCUGUCGGGCCUUGUUCCAUCAUCAGUGGGAAAUCUCACCAGGCUCCUUAAACUAUUGGCGAGCAGCAACAACCUGGGAGGAUCAAUCCCAAGGAGUCUUGGAAAGCUUAGCGACCUCAUCAGUCUUGAUCUUUCAAGCAAUUACCUGAACGGUUCGAUUCCUGAAGAAAUAUUCCAACUGCAGUCUCUUUCGUUGCUCCUGAACUUAUCACAAAACUCCCUCUCCGGGCCACUUCCUUUCGACGUUGGAAGGUUGGCUAACCUCAACACGUUGAGCUUGUCAGGAAACCAGUUGUCUGGCCAGAUACCGACAACGAUCAGAAAUUGCAUAGUUCUGGAGGUACUCUUACUGGACAGUAACUCGUUCCAGGGAAGCAUACCUCAGCCUCUAGGUGACAUCAAGGGUCUCCGCGUGUUGAACCUGACCAUGAACAGGUUUUCUGGUGUGAUCCCUGAUGCCCUUGGUGACAUACACAGCCUGCAGCAGCUGUAUCUAGCACACAACAACUUGUCCGGGCUCAUCCCAACUGAUCUGCAGAACCUGACAUCGCUAUCUAAGCUGGAUUUGUCCUUCAAUGAUCUGCAAGGUGAAGUGCCGAAAGAAGGUUCCUUUAGAAACUUGUCUUACUUAUCGAUUGCUGGAAACAAAAACCUUUGUGGUGGAAUACCUCAGCUUCGCUUAGAUCCAUGCCCCAUGUCUGUUGUGAGAAAGAACAACAAGAGUAAGAGGGGGUUGAAGUAUGAUAAAAUAGCUCUGGCAACAAUGGGUGCACUCUUGUUCUUAUCAUUAUUUACUGCAGUUAUUCAGUUCAUCUACAAAAACUCUAAGCAAAGACAGAAGAGAAGCCAUCCCCUAGCCCCAGUAAUAAGUGGAGAACAAUACGAAAGGGUUUCUUACAAGGAACUGUCAGACGGAACAAGGGGAUUUUCAGAUGCCAAUUUGCUUGGAAAAGGCAGCUAUGGCACAGUCUACAAAUGCGCUUUCAUUGAUGAGGGAACUAUAGCCGCCGUAAAGGUGUUCAACCUUGAACAGUCUGGAUCCACAAGAAGCUUCUUGGCUGAAUGCGAGGCACUCCGAAGCGUGCGCCACCGUUGUCUCAUAAAGAUCAUCACGUGCUGCUCAAGCAUCGAUCGCCAAGGCCAAGAGUUCAAAGCUUUGGUAUUCGAGUUUAUGCCCAACGGUAACUUGAGUUCUUGGCUUCAUCCAAAAUCUAAUGAGCCCAAGAACACGCUAAGCCUAACCCAAAGGUUAGACAUUGCUGUCGACAUAAUGGAUGCCCUGGACUAUCUUCAUAACCAUUGUCGGCCACCGAUCGUCCACUGCGAUCUCAAGCCAAGCAACAUUCUUCUCGCCGAAGACAUGAGUGCUCGUGUUGGAGAUUUCGGCAUAUCCAGAAUCUUGUCUGAAAGUGCGUGCAAAGCCUAUCCAAAUUCAAACAGCGUAGCUGGGAUAAGAGGCUCCGUUGGCUACGUCGCUCCAGAGUACGGGGAAGGCUGUGCGGUCUCCAUCCUCGGUGACGUUUACAGCCUAGGCAUAUUGCUGCUUGAGAUGUUCACAGGACGGAGCCCCACGGAUGAUGUGUUCGGAGACUCGUUGGACCUCCACAGGUUUUCAGAGGCUGGUUUUCCUGACAGGAUAUUGGAGAUAGCGGACCCGAAUCUAUGGGUACACCCUGACGCCGACGACAACAGCAUCACAAGAAAUAGGAUUCAGGAGUGUUUGCUUACGGUCAUUCGGCUCGGUUUGUCCUGCUCAAAACACCAGCCCAAAGAGCGGAUGCCGAUACGGGAUGCAGCCAUGGAGAUGCGCGCGAUCAGAGAUGAGGCAUACCUGAUGUUCGCCGGUUCUCUGGUGGUGAACAUGGAAGAGAAAAUGGGAGGAGCAGCUGUGUAA